ACUCCCGGGUCAUAUGAGCGUCACCAGUGGCUGUGCGGGGCCACAGAGCAGCGGGGGCCACCACCGGAGCUCCGCGUCACCGGCUGACAGCUGCACCCGGCCGGCAUGGAAGAGGAGGCUCCACCGUGCUCACAGAUUGUCUGACAGAAUGAGCCACGUGUGGAUAUAACGAGUUUUCCUGCUCCCCAGGUGAAACCCCUUCCUCCGUUGUUGGCAUCCACAAACCUUCACGCAGACUAAAACUGGUCCGACCGCGACCAUGACGUCAAAGUCAACUUUCCUGAAGGUGAUCCUUCUGGGUGACGGUGGCGUCGGAAAGUCAUCCCUCAUGAACCGCUACGUCACCAACAAGUUUGACUCGCACCUCUUCCACACCAUCGGCGUGGAGUUCCUCAACAAGGAUCUGGAGGUGGACGGGCACCACAUCACGCUGCAGAUCUGGGACACGGCGGGUCAGGAGCGCUUCCGCAGCCUCCGAACACCUUUCUACCGCGGCUCCGACUGCUGCCUGCUCACCUUCAGCAUCGACGACCGACAGAGCUUCUGCAACCUGGCCAACUGGAAGAAGGAGUUCACUUAUUACGCUGAUGUAAAGGACCCUGACAACUUUCCCUUUGUGAUUCUGGGCAAUAAACUGGAUGUCCUAGAGCGGCAGGUGUCAGGGGAAGACGCGAGGCAGUGGUGCAGCGAGAAUGGCGGACACCCGUACUUUGAAACAAGCGCCAAGGAUUCUACAAACGUGGCGUCGGCCUUCGAGGAGGCGAUACGUGGUAUUCUGGCGUUGGAUGACAGAGCUGAUGACCUCAUCCACACCAACACGGUGGACUUACAGAGAAAGACUCGCCCGAACUCCACCUGCUGCUGAGCCGAGAGAAAUGACCCAGCUCAUGUGAUGCUUCUCUGGUUUGUGGUUUGACAAAAAGAGGAACUGGUGUUUGCUCAGCUGCUUCUGAGCAGUUUGUGAUGUUCUCACUUCAGCCUUUUUAAGACAAAUUGAUAAGAACGGACAAAAUUCUGUGCCAAUUUUCUGCAUUUCCUUUUUACCAUCAAGGGACUGAAAAUAUAAUUUAUAAAAGCAAUCAAGAUCAUCAAAUGAAAUAAAAGCUCUAAUAUAUCUUUGCAGAUUUUCGUAGAUUUAUUUGUGGUUAGUAACAAACCUCAGUUUUCACGCCAUGACAGUCUUAACAAUGAAUAAUAUUGAUAUAGCUGAGAAAUAAUCACUAUAUAUGUGCUGUACUUGCCACAUAACACCAAAAAGCUAGUAGCCAAAGACAAAAACUGCAAUUAUUUUCUUAUGCAAACUACCAGUACAAGACAAUUAAAUUAUGUUUGGCACUGAAAAGUUUUUAAAUAUUCUAUCGUUACUGUUUGCAUUUAAAUCUGUGUUAAUUAUCUUAAUAGAACAGAUUUUCUGUUUUUAAUCACAUGAUCAAUUUGUAUUUGGUUGUUGGGUGAACGGUGCACCAGCAGAGAUUGUUUUCAUAAUACAAUUGUUGCUUUAAUGAUGUUUGAUAUUCUCCUAAACAGGGAAACAAAUAUUAUAAUCACUACACUUCUGCUCUCUGUAAAAAGUGAAGUGUUGAACCUGAAGUUACUGAGACACUGUGGCCUGUUUGGUCUGUAUCAUUCCUUUCAGGCACAUGACUCCCAGUAUGUGGCCAAGAAUGGAACUAAGGUCAAAAAUGCAUGAUGUGGUUUUUUUUAUUUCCUCUUCGUCCUAUUUAUCAAAAAUGGAAUAGUCACACUGGUUAAGAUAAUAUCUCCACUUCAAAUUCCAGAGGUUUAAUGCGGAUUUAAAGUUCUGCACACUCACUCUUCAUCAAGUUGCUUUCCUUUAAAUGAACUCUGUGGUUCUGUGGUUGUGAGUGCAGCUGUGGUUGUUCAGUAGUUUCACAAAUGUAAUGAUUGAACCACAUCCUGAUUUCUCAUCAGACCUCCACAGUCACAGACGCUGUUUCUACUGAGGUUUUGUGAGAUGUGGUUUAUUUUGUCAAAGCAGCACUCAGUAGCUCACUUAUCAGAUACCUGCUACGUGAGGGCUUUUGUUUACUACAGGUCAUUAGAAAAUCUAUAAUUUCUUUAUUGUUGUGGUAAAAUUAGUUUUAUGGGUUACAUGAAUUAUGGUUCCAGCAUUAGAAAUGUAAGAAACUGCUGUUUUUCUUCUUCUUACACUCUAAUAAUUGAAUAUCUUUUGAGUUUUGGAUUUGAAUAUAAAAAACUAUUUUCAGAGGUCAUCUUGGGUUUUAUGGGUAUUUUUACUUCCACCAAGUGAAGUUUUUUCAUCUGCAUUUCUUUCUUUAUCUUAGUUGUAGCAGGAUUGCGCAAAAACUACCUAACGGAUUGGCAUGAAACUUGGUGGGAGGAUGAAAUAUGGGUCAAGAGAGAAUCACAACAUUUUUGGUGUGGAUCCAGGAAUCUUUUUUCACUUUAACAUUGUGUGAGUCUUGUUUUUCCACAUUUUUUUGUGAAUUCUCUGAAGAAUCAGGGCAGAAAUCUUUAUUAAAAAAAAACAGGCAUGUAUAGAGUGUAGAUUUUUUUCAAGUAUUUUGGAGGGGGGGUCUUUUAUCCAGUUACUGCAGGGUAAUAAAUAUUCCUUUCAAAUACAUUAGAAGUUGAUUUGACAUUCUAAGUUGUGGAAAAAAAUUCUAAAUCACCUCAAUGACCCGAACUCAAGAAAGAGGCAGGAGACGACAGUGUCACGAUAAUAAAAAAUAUCGGUUUUACUAGAGAAGGUUACAAAAAUCAUCACUAUAUAGGAGUCAUAGAACUAUUUCCAACUUAAAAAAUAAAACCAAUAAUGAAAACACCUACAGGGACUACAAUGCCAUCAAAGUACAAUGGAGUUUUCUUUAGAAAAGAGUGGGUGGAGAAGGGGACGGGGGAGGAAGAGGAGAAGGAGGAGGAGGAGGAGGGGGUCAAACACCGCCUACCAUAGUUGUCAGAACAAUUGACUACACAUCACCUGAAAAACUGCAAAGACACAGUCAUGUCUCCUUCAUGCAAACAACAAGGAAACAACAACACCCUGACACGCAUCGUCUUAUAGGAAAUUGAAGUUUGCCUUUACAUCAACCUGGCGGCAAAGCACGUAUAUUUAUCAAACAACACACAUGGCAAUAUAGUCCUUUUUUAUACAGAAUAGACAGCUGCACACAUGGACAAUACUGACAUGCUUCAUCCCAUCAAAGUUCAAAAGUUGGUCUUCUUCAGUGUUUUUUAAGGGUGAACUAACCGGUGACGUUCCGUUUGGAAUAUCAAUUAUGAUUAUUAAACCAUAUUUGAUUAUAAAAUCAAUGUAUGAAAAUUCCUGACUUGUUUUAUGCAGAGUGUAAACAUCCAAAACAGUCUCUGUGGCUCAUAUGAGAAGCAUGACAUCGAAAAAAAGAAAAGGAAAGAAUAAAAAA